CAGCGUCAGAACUUGAGAUGGCGACUUCACAGAGCAGUAUCGCGUUCCUAUCUCAGCAACCACCCUCACGACCAUCCUUGCCACAAUCAUUUGCCUAAACGGCUUUCAGUUUCACCUCCACAUUGACCUUCCAUAAUGUUCAACAUCAAGUACCCUUGGGCUUGGACCUUUUGUGCCUUUGCAGCCCUUGGUGCCUGCCUAUAUGGCUAUGACGGCGUCUACUUCAAUGGCGUAUCUACUCUGGACGUCUUCAUCGAACACUUCGGCACCACGAACGCUGAUGGCGAAAAGGUCAUAACCCCCUCGCAAUUGUCCAUCAUGACAUCGAUGAUCAACGUGGGCGAAUUGGUCGGGUCUCUGACGGCUGCACCUCUCAAUGAUUAUUUUGGGAGGAAGGGUGUCUUGUUCAUCGGGUCCAUAGUGACCAUAGUCGGAGUCGUGUUGCAACUGUCUACCGAGUCGAAUCAAAAAUACAUGACAGCUGGACGGGCCAUCCUUGGCUAUGGAGUUGGCGCCUUCUCUUCGACGUCGCCAUUGUAUAUUGCAGAAAUCGCACCUACAGCCAUCCGCGGGCCCCUCCUCAUGUGCUGGCAGCUCACGUUGUCUGUCUCGCAGAUCAUCGCCGCUGCCAUCAACCGAGGCAUGGAGAACAACCACACGUCGCUGGCGUACCGCUUGCCGAUCGCCCUGCAGUUUCUAUUCCCGGGACUCGUCCUGGCGUUGAUCUGGUUCGUACCGGAAACACCACGUUGGUUGGUACGGAAGAACAGGGACGCGCAGGCUGAAAGGGCACUCAAGCUCGUUCAUCGAGAGGACAAGAAUUACGACACAAAGGCGGAUAUCGCGACCCUGCGACACAACGUCGACAAGGAAGACGAACUUGCAUCUCAGUCCUCUUGGGCGUCACUCGUCACCGACCCAGUGGAGCGCCGCAAGCUCAUCUACUCAGCCGGAGCCCUCAUCGCCCAGCAGAUCAACGGCAUCCAAUGGUUCUACUACUUUGGGACCGUCUUCUCCAAGGCCAUUGGCCUGAAGGAUCCGUUCUUGAUGACUCUCAUCGUCUUCAUAAUUCAAGUCUUUGUCGUCUUCGCCGCCGUUCUCUGCGCCAACAAGAUCCCGAGAAGGCCACUGUUGCUGAUCACAACCUCCAUCAUGACCGUGUCUAUCUUCAUCGUCGGUUGUCUCGGUAUCCCUGGUGGUGAUGUGAGCAAGACUUUCGGCAAGGUCAUCAUCUCCUUCGUCAUCAUUGAAAUCGUGGCUUUCAACUUUGCUUGGGGCCCACUAGGAUGGACAAUGGCAUCGGAAAUGGCGGUUGGCCGCAACCGGAACAAAAUCUACGCCCUGGCCGUGGCAUCCUUCUGGAUCACUGUCUGGGCAACUGUGUUCACGCUACCCUAUUUAUACUACUCUGCCAACCUGGGCCCUAAGACUGGUUUCAUCUAUACCGGCCUCUGUUUCGUGUCACUGUCGUACGUCUACUUCUGUGUCGGUGAGGUGACUGGUCGGUCCAUGGAAGAGAUUGAGGAUUUCUUCAACCGUGGUAUCCCGGCGAAGAAAUGGGCAGAGCAGCCUCGCAUGGAGCUAGACCAUGAGCAUAGGCGGGUAAAAGACUCUCUGUCUAAAGAGGAUCACGGAAUGAUUGAGAGAACUGUCGGAGAUGAAGAGAAGGCACCUGUUACAACACACCAAGAGCAGGAUGCAAGGUCAAGUGUGUAGACAGGGAAGCAUCAUGCAGCUCCAUAUAGAAGUAAUAUCUGCCAGGGACCAAAGGUCAAAGUGAAGA